AUGGUAUCUGAAACACAUUCUUUGGACGGGAAAUCACCCAAAAGUGAUCUUUCGUUCGAGAACGUGGAACAUCUGGCCACCGUUGAACAUGCUCCCGUUGUUCUUCUUAAUGAAGAUAUCUCUUAUGGCCGCGGUGGAAUCCGUGGCGUUAUCGAAUCUCCAUACAUUUUCGGUGUUGCUUUCUUGGCAUCCAUGGGAGGUUUCUCCUUUGGUUACGACCAGGGUGUCAUCUCAAUUGUCAACAUCAUGCCGCAGUUCCAUAAAGCAUUCCCUCGCACUGAAACUGCAUUCGGCAAAGGUCUCAUGACCGGUAUGUUAGAGUUGGGUGCCUUUAUUGGAUGCCUCUUCAUGCCUACUCUUUGCGACAAGAUCUCCAGAAAGAAGGCUCUUUCUAUUGUGGUUGUGAUCUUCAAUAUCGGUGCUAUUAUGCAGACAGCUGCCAACUCUUAUGGUCUUCUCGUCGCUGGAAGAACAAUUGGAGGCAUCGGUGUCGGAACGCUUGCAAUGGGAGCCCCAAUCUACAUAUCCGAGAUCGCCCCGCCUAACCUAAGAGGAACACUUCUUGUGCUGGAGUCUGUGUCCUGUGUUAUCGGCGUAGUGGUCUCUUUCUGGAUCACCUACGGGACACGUGAACUCGCUGGCGAGUUAUCAUUCCGUCUACCAUUCGGACUACAGAUGGUGUGCAGCACUAUCCUUGGGAUCGGCAUCCACUUCUUCCCAUAUUCCCCACGUUGGCUCGCACUCGUUGAUCGAUCCGAUGACGCCCUCACAAACUUAGAACGACUUCGCCGACUACCCAGAACUGAUCCUCGUGUUCAUCAGGAGCAUGCUGGCAUCUGCAAUGAAGUAACAAUUCAGAAGCGUAUGCAGGAGAAGCGUCACCCGGGAGUCACAGGUCUCAAACUCGAGAUUCUUUGCUGGGCGGACCUCUUCAAGAAGAGCUCCUGGCACCGCACCUCUAUCGCCGUUGGAGUUGCCUUCUUCCAGCAGCUCUCUGGUAUUAAUGCAUUCAUUUAUUACGCCCCGACCCUCUUUCAAUCACUGGGACAGUCGACAGAAAUGUCCCUAAUUAUGUCCGGAGUGUUCAAUAUGCUGCAGCUUGUUGCAGUUACUGUCUGUUUUUUUAUCAUUGACAAGGUCGGACGGCGACCAUUGGCCAUCUGGGGUGGCAUCGGAGGAGGCACUGCAUGGGGCAUCAUGGCUGUCCUUGUGGGCGUGUUCAAUGAGAAAUGGGGCUCUAACCCAACUGCAGGUUGGGCUGCUGUGGCUAUGGCAUUCUGCUUUAUUCUCAUUUAUGGAGUCUCUUAUGCACCUCUGGGAUGGGCACUUCCCGCAGAGGUGUUCCCCAACUCUUCUCGGUCCAAGGGCGUGGCUCUUGCAACAGCAACUGUCUGGCUCUUCAACUUUGUUGUCGGCGUUGCAACCCCACCUAUGAUCGAGAGUAUCGGUUUUGGCGUCUAUAUCUUUUUUGGAUCUUGGUGCUUCUUGGCUGCUGUCUGGGCUUUCUUCUUGGUUCCUGAAACUAAGGGAAAGACAUUGGAGCAGAUAGAUGAGGUCUUUAAUGACCAUGCGGCCCAGGAAGAGUUGAUGAUACUGAGGAGUUAG